ACCAAAUAUAACUGGCACCGCCCUGCGGGGGCUGGCUACACAGCGGUAAAAGAGAAGCAGCCAUGCGCGGUCACGUGACCGCGGUGUUUGGCAAGACCAACCCAGAGCUGAGAUCAUAAACUCCCGCUGAGAGCAGCUUUCACCAGUCGCGUUCACGGACAGCAAACAGUUAAACUCUAGAAAGGUGCUUGAAAGCAGGGGGAGGGGACGGUGACUCACUUUAUCUUUCUAAACAGAGCCAGGGAAUAAAUGGUGCUUUUGGAGUCCUAGCUUCGCAUUUCCAGAAAAGAACCAUUUCAUCUGAGCAGUAAGAAACUAUGCUUCCUGUAUAAGCCUGGCUGGCAAACCACCAUGAGCCAAGGACGGCCUCUUCUUUCUAAAAUGUUCCUCCAGUUCUGCUAGAGCUUGGAUUCCGUUUGUCUCCUAAACUCUCCAAGCAUUCAUAUUCUAGAUACUGAGCUGCUGUGUGAUGAUGCUAAGAGUAGUGCAACCAUAGAGGAAGUGGGCAACAUGAUCAAGAGAGAGAUAAGUGUGCGCCAACAAACUUGUGCCUUAUUACAGAAGAACCUUCUUAAGAAAUGGAGACAUAGAAGGGAGACAUUGAUGGAGUGGAUGAGCUCGCUACUCCUUCUGCUUUUCUUGUAUUGGUAUCCUCAUGGUCAUGCAGCUACUGACUUGUCUUCAGUGCCCACCAAGGAUCUCGGACGAGUCGAUGCUUUUAGACAAUCUGGGUUCACGAUAGGGUACACGCCUGUCACCAGCAUGACACAACAGAUAAUGGAGAAGGUAGCAGCGGCGCCUUUCAUGGCAGGUAGAAAAGUCUUGGGACUGGUGGAUGAAGAAAACAUCAAGGAAUUAACAGAAAGUCAUGUGGAAAUAAUAAGAGUCAUUUUUUCUGAUACAUUCUCAUAUCAUCUGAAAUUCAAAUUUGGACAGAGAAUCCCAGAGUCAAAGGAACUCAGAGACCAUACUGCUCAUUGUUAUGGAAUGUAUGAAGAUGUUAACUGUCUGAUAUCAAUAUUCUGGGAGGAAGGAUUUGUGGCUCUUCAAGCUGCCAUCAAUGCUGCCAUCAUAGAAACCACAACAAAUCAUUCGGUGAUGGAGGAACUGCUCUCAGUGUCGGGGAAAUUCAUGAAGAUCCAUCCUUUUGUCAGUCAAGAAGGAAUUCUGACUGAUUUCUUCAUUUUCACCUGCAUCAUUUCCUUCUCCCCAAUCACUUAUUAUGUGUCAAUCAAUGUUGCAAGAGAGAAGAAAAAGAUGAAGGGCUUGAUGAUGAUGAUGGGCCUUCAAGAUCCAGCAUUCUGGCUAUCCUGGGGUCUGCUCUACACUGGCUUUGUCUUCAUUAUGGCUCUAUCCCUGGCACUUGUUAUCAGAUCUGCCCAGUUUUUUAUUCUAACCAGCUUUAUGGCGGUCUUUAGUCUCUUCCUCCUUUACGGAUUAUCUAUGAUCGCUGUGGCCUUCCUAAUGAGCGUCCUGGUGAGGAAGUCUGUCCUCACUGGCCUGACUGUCUUCCUUCUCGCCAUCUUCUGGGGAGGACUAGGCUUCACAGCCCUGUACAGAUACCUCCCUGCACCUUUGGAAUGGACUCUCAGUCUUUUUAGCCCCUUUGCCUUCACACUAGGAAUGACCCAGCUCUUACGUGUGGACUAUGAUUUAAAUUCUAACACACCCCCUGAUCCAGCCAGUGGCUUAAAUCUGAUUAUAGCAACCAAUUUCAUGCUGGUGUUUGAUGCGGUUUUGUAUCUGGUCCUGAUGAUGUACUUUGAAAAAGUUCUGCCAAAUGAAUACGGACAUCAGCACUCUCCCCUGUUUUUCCUGAAAUCCUCAUUUUGGCUACGAACACGAAAGCCUGCUCAUGUGAUUCUUGAAGAUGAACUAGAUUCCAUUCCUUCAUCAGAUGGCUCGUUUGAACCAGUGUCCCCAGAAUUCCAUGGGAAGGAAUCCAUCAGAAUCAGAAAUAUUUCAAAAGAAUACAAAGGAAAGCCUAAUAAAAUAGAAGCCUUGAAAGACCUGACGUUGGACAUCUAUGAAGGUCAAAUCACAGCUGUACUUGGUCACAGUGGAGCUGGAAAAUCGACACUGUUAAAUAUCCUUAGUGGAUUAUCUGUUCCUACCAAAGGUUCUGUCACCAUCUAUAAUAACAGAUUAUCAGAAAUGGCUGACCUAGAAAAUGUCUUCCGGAUCGCUGGAAUUUGUCCACAAUCCAAUGUUCAAUUUGACUUCCUUACAGUGAGAGAAAACCUCAGGCUUUUUGCCAAAAUAAGAGGAAUUCCACCCCAAGACGUGGAGAAAGAGGUGCAAAGGGUUUUGCUGGAGUUAGAAAUGAAAAAUAUUCAAGAUAGCCUUGCUCAAAACCUCAGUGGCGGACAGAAAAGAAAGCUAACUUUCGGAAUCGCCAUUUUAGGAGAUUCUCAGAUUUUCCUACUGGAUGAGCCCACUGCCGGGCUGGACCCCUUUUCAAGGCACCGGGUGUGGAAUCUCCUGAAGGAGCGCAAAGCCGACCGUGUGGUCCUCUUCAGCACGCAGUUCAUGGAUGAGGCUGACAUCCUGGCUGACAGGAAAGUGUUCAUCUCCAAGGGGAAACUGAAGUGUGCAGGCUCAUCGCUCUUUCUGAAGAAGAAAUGGGGAGUUGGGUAUCACUUGAGUUUGCAGCUGAAAGAAGUCUGUGUUCCAGAAAACAUCACAUCGCUUGUUAAACAGCACAUCCCUGAGGCCAAGCUAUCAGCUGAAGGGGAAGGGAAACUUCUCUAUACAUUACCCUUAGAAACAACUUAUAGAUUUCCAGAGCUUUGCCAGAGUCUUGACAGCUGUCCUGGACUGGGAAUUGAAAACUAUGGUGUUUCCAUGACAACUUUGAACGAGGUGUUCCUGAAGCUAGAAGGAAAAGCAGCAAUUGAUGAACCAGAGGUUGACAUCAUUGGAGAAGGACAAACAGAGAGAUCUGGGGACACAGAAAGGCUUAUGGAGAUGGAGCAGACUCUCUCUUCACUUACGGAAAUGAAGAUGACAAGUGGAAUGGCUCUCUGGAGACAGCAAACCUGUGCGAUCGCAAAGGUUCGCCUGUUGAAGUUAAAGCACGAAAGGAAAACACUUUUAUCAGUGCUCUUGGUUCUGGCAGUUGGCAUCUGCCCUCUUCUUUUUGAAAAUAUCAUGAUGAAAAUACUUCAAAGCCCUUACACUUGGGAGCUUUCCCCACAUGAGUACUUCCUUGCUUCUGGACAACAGCCCCAGGGCAUGCUCACUCAGCUUUUGAUCAUCAAUAAGACAGAGGCAAGCAUUGAUGACUUUAUCCGUUCUGUGGAGCACCAGAACAUAGCUUUGGAAGUCGAUGCUUCUGGAGCCAGAGAUGGCACAGAUGACCCUUCCUACAAUGGAGCCCUUAUAGUGUCUGGAGAUGAGAAGAACCACAGCUUUUCGUUUGCAUGCAAUACCAAGAGACUGAACUGUUUCCCAGUUCUAAUGGACAUCCUUAGCAAUGGGCUACUUGGAAUGGUUAAACCAUCAGCCCGCAUCCGAACUGAUAGAAGCACUUAUUUCAUGGAUGAACUUAUUCAUCCUAUAGAAUUCCUGGGGAAGACUGCGUUCUGGCUGAUUCUGACCUCCAUUUGCCCUCCUUAUAUUGCCAUGAGCAGUGUCACAGACUAUAAGAACAAAGCUUGGUUCCAGCUGCGGGUCUCCGGCCUCUUCCCCUCUGCUUACUGGUUCGGGCAGGCACUGGUGGACAUUCCCCUGUAUUGCUUUGUCUUCCUCUUCAUGUCUCUAAUGGACUACCUUUUACACUUCCCAGAUGCCAUGUUUCCUAUUAUAAGUCAUAUUAUACAAAUCCCAUGUUCUUUUGGCUAUGCCAUAUCCCUGAUCUUCUUAACAUACGUGAUUUCAUUCAUCUCUCGCAAGGGGAAAAAAAACAGCGGCAUUUGGUCACUAAGCUUCUAUAUUAUCACCAUGUUCUCGGUGGCUGCAAUGUUGCUGGAUUUCAAUGCAGGUGGUAUACUGUAUUGCAUCAUCAUCAUUUUAGUCCCACCGUCAACUCUGAUUGGAUGUUUGAUCCUAUAUCUGCAUGCUUUUGUGUUUUGGGUCUUUGAUGAAAAACCGAUUGUAGAGCCACUCCUGGUAUUCCUUAUACCUUACCUUCAUUUUUUCAUUUUUAUUUUUACCCUUCGAUGUCUGGAAUGGAAGUUUGGAAAGAAAACAAUGAGGAAAGAUCCCAUCUUUAGGAUCUCUCCAAGAAACAAUGAUGUAUAUCAAAACCCAGAAGAGCCAGAAGACGAGGAUGAAGAUGUUCAAAUGGAGAGGAUGAGAACAGCAAGUGCUUUGGUGUCCACCAGUUCUGAUGAGACGCCAGUCAUUGUUGCCAGCUGCCUACGCAAAGAGUAUGCAGGGAAGCGGAAGCAUUGCCUUUCAAAGAAGAAGGCUAAGAUAGCCACCAGGAAUGUCUCAUUCUGUGUCAGGAAAGGUGAGAUUCUAGGAUUGUUGGGACACAAUGGAGCUGGCAAAAGUACAUCUCUUAAAAUGAUAAGUGGAGAUACAAAAUUCACAGCUGGGCAGGUGCUGCUGAAAGGGAGCAGAGAAGGGGGCACCCUGGGAUUCCUGGGAUACUGUCCUCAGGAGAACGCUCUGUGGCCCAACCUCACUGUGAAGGAACACCUGGAGGUAUUUGCUGCAGUGAAGGGCUUGAGCAAAAGUCAUGCUGCAGUCGCCAUCACAAGGUUGGCGGAUGCGCUCAAGCUGCAGGACCAGCUGAAGUCUCCGGUGAAGACGCUGUCAGAGGGAGUGAAGAGAAAGCUGUGCUUUGUGCUGAGCAUCCUGGGGAACCCAUCUAUAUUGCUUCUGGAUGAGCCAUCCACCGGGAUGGAUCCUGAGGGGCAGCAGCAAAUAUGGCAAGCAAUCAGGGCCAUCAUAAAAAAUACAGAGAGGGGCGCCCUGCUGACCACCCAUUACAUGGCAGAAGCCGAGGCUCUAUGUGACCGAGUGGCCAUCCUGGUGUCUGGAAAGCUGAGAUGUAUUGGAUCCAUCCAACAUCUCAAAAGCAAAUUUGGCAAAGAUUACCUGCUGGAGAUGAAGGUGAAGACUCCCACACAGGUGGAGCCGCUCAACACAGAGGUCCUCAGGCUUUUCCCCCAGGCUGCUCGGCAGGAACGGUACUCUCCUCUGAUGGUUUACAAAUUACCAGUGGAAGAUGUGCAACCUUUAUCCCAAGCUUUCUUCAAGUUAGAGAAGGUUAAGCAGACCUUUGACCUGGAGGAGUACAGCCUCUCUCAGUCUACCCUGGAGCAGGUCUUCCUAGAGCUCUCCAAGGAGCAGGAGCUGGAUGAUUUUGAGGAAGGACUAGAUUCCUCCAUAAGGUGGAAGCUCCUCCCACAGGAAGAGGCUUAAGCCAAAAAUAUUUCCUGUUCCUUCAUAAGACUGUGUUGUUCCGGUCUAGGCCGGUGCCCUGAGCAGACUUUGGGUGUAAAUUUUGCAGCCAGUCCCACAACAUCCAAAGGAAGAUCUACUCCCAAAUCCUCUAACACACCCAGGAUCAUAGGAUCAAAGGUGAGGAAGACACAACAUCUGUACCAACACCAGGGGUAGCUGGGACCAGCAGGACCCAGGCACAUAGGAACUCCGCCAGCUCAGUGGCAUGAGUUGCUUCUGGUCUGUCUGGGCUGGUGCCCUGAGUAGACCUUGGGUGCAAAUUCUUCAGUGGGUCCCAUAAUACCCAGGGAAGCUCUACUCCCAGGCGCUCUAAUGGGCCCAGGAUCACAGGAUCACAGAAUCACAGGAUCAUGGAGACAGCUUGACUCUGAGGAGUUCUAACACAACC